UCUCCAUGAAAACAAAGGGUAGAAGAAGAAACGUUCUUGUCCAUUCCAUUUCCAGUUUCACCAUAACCACCAUGCCAUGGCGCUUCAACCGCCAAUUCCACUGUGUUCAUGUCGCUCCUCCUCUCUGCAAUUUCUCCUCUUCCAACCUCAAACCCACUCCACUCUCAAAUUCCGAGUUUCCUGUUCGAACCCGAUAGCUCAAAUUGAAACCCAACAAUUGAAGCCUGUAACUCCAGAAGCACCCAAGAAGAAGAAGAAGAAGAACACCUCAAGACCUAGCUUCUUCGACCAAAUUCAAGAUAAAUGGUCCAACAAAUUGGGUUCCCAAACAGAGAAAUUCCCAUGGCAACGUGAACCAGAACAACAAGAGGAAGAAGAAGAAGAAGAGCAUGCACAACAACAAGAGAUUGACCAGUUUCAGAACAAGCCUUCACCACCUAGUUACAGUUUGGAUUUUCAGUUUCCGAAGCGUUUAUCUCCUUGGCUUCAAGCAGAAAAUCCGCACAAUCCACGUUUUGAUUCUGAGUCUGAUGCUUCUGAGGACGAGGACAGUGGCAAACCCUUACGAGAGAGUUUUGAGGGUGAGGUUUCGACCGCGGUGCGAGAAUCAGAAGAAGGUUUGAGGGAAAGAGGGAGUGGAGUGAGGAAAAAGAGAAGCAAUGCGGAGUUGGCGGAGAGGUUGAUUCCUGAACAUGAGUUGCGGAGGCUCAGGAAAAUUGCAUUGAGGAUGAUGGAGAGGUUUGAAGUUGGAGUGACCGGAAUCACGCAGGAAUUGGUUGCUUCCAUUCAUCAAAAGUGGAGGGAUAGUGAAGUGGUGAAGCUCAAGUUUGAAGCCCCUCUUGCUGCUAACAUGAAAAGGGCUCAUCAAAUUCUAGAGAGUAAAACUGGAGGUAUAGUGGUGUGGCGAUCGGGUAGUUCCAUAGUGUUGUAUCGGGGAAUGGCCUACAAGCUUCCCUGUGUGAAAUUGUAUUCGAAGAUGUAUCAGGCUAAGGAGGAGGAUGUUCAUCAGUCAGUGCAUGUUGGAAGUUGGAGUGAUGCUCAACUAAGUGUGAAAGAACCAGUUAGAACAACUACAGAAUUAUUGACCAGGGACUCUGCAGAGUAUUUGAAGGACAUGACUGAAGAAGAAUUUAUGGAAUUGACUGACCUUAACCAAUUGUUAGAUGAGCUGGGCCCACGUUUCAUAGAUUGGACAGGCCGUGUGCCGUUGCCUGUUGAUGCAGACCUUUUAGCUGCAGUGGUUCCAGGAUAUAAACCCCCAUUCAGACUUCUUCCUUAUGGGGUAAAGCAUUGUUUAACUGACAGGGAAAUGACUGCCUUUCGUAGGCUUGCAAGAACAACGGCUCCACACUUUGCCCUUGGAAGAAAUAGAGAACUGCAAGGUCUAGCUAGAGCCAUGGUAAAGCUGUGGGAAACAAGUGCUAUUGCGAAAAUAGUCAUCAAACGAGGUGUUCCCCAUACAUGUAACGAGAGGAUGGCUGAAGAACUCAGGAAAUUGACUGGGGGAACUGUACUCUCUAGAAAUAAGGAAUUUAUUGUAUUUUACAGGGGCAAUGACUUUUUGCCUCCUGCUGUCACCAAUGUUCUGACUGAGAGACAGAAACUAACCCUCAUCCAACAUGACGAGGAAGAGAAAGCGCGAGAAAUUGCUUCAUCUAUUACAAUACCAGAUGGCAAAGCAUCUCCAAUGCCGUUAUUGGCGGGCACGCUUGCUGAGACUAGGGCAGCAACCAACAAUUGGGGGCACCAACCAAGUAAACAAGAAGUUGAGAAAAUGACGAGAGAUUCUGCCUUGAAUAGACUUUCUUCUAUAAUAAAAAAUCAUGAGAUUAAACUAGCUAUGACAAAAGGGAAGUACAGGAAGGCUGAUAAGGAUUUAGCGAAAUUGCAAGGUGAUCUGGACCCAGCAGACCUUCCUAGUGAUCUGGAAACAUUAACUAAUGAAGAGAGAUUUUUAUAUAGGAAGAUGGGUCUGAGUAUGAAGCCAUACUUAGUUCUAGGGAGGCGAGAUGUUUAUGCUGGCACCAUAGAGAACAUGCAUCUACACUGGAAAUAUCGUGAAUUGGUAAAGAUAAAUGUAAAAGGGAGAAAUUUAGCCCAAGUUAAGCAAAUUGCAAUAGCUUUGGAAGCUGAGAGUGGUGGGGUACUAGUAUCUGUAGAUAAGGAUACCAAAGGCUAUAUAGUUAUUGUUUAUCGUGGGAAGAACUAUUUCCGUCCGCGUGUUCUUAGACCCAAAAGCUUGUUGACACGAAGACAGGCAUUGGCUCGAUCUAUUGUGCUUCAAAGACGUGAGGCACUGAAAGACCAUAUGUUAGACUUAGAGGAGCUAAUUGGGUUGCUGAAAUCUGAGCUAGAGGAUAUGAAGAAUGAAAAGGAGAUUGAUGGUGACAAAACUCUCUACUCAUCAACACAGAGUUACCCUGUUUCUUCAGAUGAUGAAUGGGAAGAGAAUGAAGGGAGCGAGAUUUAUUUUGACAAAGCUGAAAGUGGCGAUGAGGAUGAGUAACAUCACAACAAGCUACUUGAUUUGGUAGAGUAAUGUAUUGGAAUAUCUGCGGAGGUUGAGCAGCUGAAUGUUGAGCUUGAGGAGCUGAUCCAAGAAGAUCAUGCACAAAAACUUGAGCCUUGCUUAUUAUUGUCACUUCCCUUGUUUAUAGAAGGGGAAUUUUAUCCUACCUCCAAGUUGUAGGAAUACCCGCAAGUGAUGUAACAUGUGAAAUGGUUAAAUCAGUUGGUUGAAUGAUUAACUGCUGCUUGAGUUUGACAAAUGGUUCGAAUAAGUGUUCAAUCUAUCGCUUGGGAUAAGGUAGAGCGACUUGUCCAAUCGGUUUUGUUUUCUUAUGUCCUUGCAUCAUGUUGCUGUAAAGAUUUUUUAAAUUAAUGGUAACAUACUGUAUUUUGACCA